GUGACGUUAUGCGCGAUCAUAUGUGCGCAGUGCGCGUACCAUAUGAGCGUACUGUCAAUGCAAUUUGUCAAACUUUUGGCAAAUGAAAAGUAACUGCUAACUUGUUACACGUGUAACAUCGCAUAUGAUUGUAAUCCACAACAAGAUACGAGAAUAAAUCGCAUAUACGCGUCAUAAAUUAGAAUACAGGAGGAGCAUAAUAAUUGGAUAAAAUGAUUUCUACAAAAAUUAAAACAUCUUUAUUCAACACAUAUUCCAAACAAAAACGAUUACAAUUAUUAAGAAGACUAAUCACAAACGAUAGCGAGAAGAAAUUUGAUGUAAUAGUAGUUGGCGGUGGUCAUGCUGGAACUGAAGCAUCUGCAGCUGCUGUCAGAAUGGGUGCUAAGACAUUGUUAGUUACUCAGAAAAAGAGUACUAUAGGGGAAAUGUCGUGUAACCCGUCUUUUGGUGGAAUCGGAAAAGGUCAUCUGAUGAGAGAAGUGGAUGCUUUAGAUGGAAUAUGUUGUCGAAUAUGUGAUAUUUCAGGAAUACAUUACAAAGUUCUCAACAAGUGCAAAGGACCGGCGGUUUGGGGUCUCAGAGCUCAAAUCGACAGAACAUUAUACAAAAAACAUCUUCAAGCAGAACUUUUCAAUAUGCCUGGUUUACACAUCUACGAAUCUUCUGUGGAAGAUUUAAUUUUAGCGAAUCCUUUGUCUUGCUGUGGAGUAAUUCUCAGAGAUGGAACAAAAAUAUUUGGUGAUGCAAUAAUUAUAACCACAGGAACUUUUUUAAGGGAAAUAAAUAUCGGAUUGGAGAAGAGACCUGCAGGUAGAUUGAAUGAUGAACCCAGUAUUGGUCUGGCAAACACACUUGAUAGACUUGGAUUUAAGAUAGGAAGAUUGAAAACUGGCACACCGCCAAGAUGAAAAGAUAGCAUUGACUUCACCAAGUGUACGAAAUGCUUGCCGGAUGAUUCCCCGAUACCAUUCUCCUUUAUGAAUGAUAAUGUGUGGCUACUGCCAGAGGAACAAGCAUUAACACAUCUGACAUAUACGAAUGAGGGUGUCGCGAAGAUUAUAAAGGACAAUAUGCACUGUAAUUUACACGUCACGGAGGAGAUCACAGGUCCGCGAUAUUGCCCGAGCAUAGAAAGUAAGAUUCUGCGAUUCCAAACACCUAGGCAUCAAAUUUGGCUGGAGCCGGAAGGUCUGGAUUCACCAUUAAUUUAUCCCAGUGGAUUGUCCUGUACCUUACCAGAAGAAAAACAAGUGGAACUUGUUAAGUGUAUUCCAGGAUUGGAAAACGCUCGUCUAGUGAAACCUGGUUAUGGAGUCGAGUACGACUAUAUAGAUCCUAGAGAAUUGACCUCCCAGUUGGAAACGAAAAAGAUUCCAGGAUUAUUCCUCGCUGGACAAAUAAAUGGCACCACUGGCUAUGAAGAAGCUGCUGCACAAGGUAUCGUCGCGGGUGUUAAUGCAGCCGCUAAGGUGUUUAAGAAAUUACCACUUCUGAUAAGCCGAACCGAGGGUUAUAUUGGUGUUCUAAUCGAUGAUCUAACAACGGAGGGUACUACGGAGCCAUACAGAAUGUUCACCAGCAGGUCGGAGUUUCGACUGAGUCUGCGUCCUGAUAACGCCGAUCAGAGAUUGACAGAGAAGGGCUAUGCAGUGGGUUGCGUAUCCCGCGAAAGGAUCGACAAGACGAGAGAGACUCUUUGCAAAUUGGAAGAAGCUAUACAGAUACUUAAAAGCGAAGUGCGAUCGAGCAAUAAGUGGCGACAGUUGUUCAACAUGAAGAGCACUAAAUGUGUUGAAUAUAAAUCGGCCUUUAGGAUACUUUCCAAGACAGACGACGAAAGAGUCACGUUUAAGGAUUUAGUAAUCCAGUUACCGAAUUUGUUAGGUCACUUGGAUGGAGAUCCCGCUCUUGCGAGAAGAAUAGAGAUCGAGGCAAAAUAUGCUCAUGUCGUUGAGAAUCAGCAAGAUGAAGUGGAAGAUAUGAGAAGAAACGAGCAAAUGACUAUACCUGAUGAUAUUGAUUAUAAUAGUCCUCAAUUAAACUUAUCCACUGAAGAUCGAGAGAAACUCACAAAAUAUCUUCCAAACACGAUUGCUGCAGCAAAUAAAAUCUCAGGUGUGACACCUUCAGCUAUAUUAAGAUUACUUUAUUAUAUUAGAUAUCACUCCAACAAAGUUGUGUGACAAAAAUAUAGUAAUUAAUUAUAGUAAAUAAACUAUAUAAUUCUUUAACAAA